AUGGAGGAGAUCAAGAGGCAAAAAGCAGAAUGGGAGGCAAUUCAAGACGCCCACGCAGCUCAGGUUAAGGAAUUCAACGAUAGACACACGGCUCAAGAAUACGAAGUUGAAUCUCUAAAGAGAAAAAUAGCCCAACUUGAGGAAGAAAUCGCAAUAGCCGACACAACCAUUGACAAGUUGAAGGAAAAUGCCAAAGAGAACGGAAAUCUAGAUGCCAAGCACACCAUUGCGGAGCAAGGCAAAGUCGUCCUUGAACAGCAAAUCGAUGAAUAUAUUUCUAAGCUCAAAGUAUCUGGUGAAAUACUUGAAUCCUCACAGGCUAAGGCCGAGCAUCUAACCCGCAAAGUUCAAGCUCUGGAACAGGCAAACGAGGACUGGGAGAAGAAAUAUGAGGCGCUCGAAGGGCAAUACAAAGCUGUUCAGAAGGAAUACGAAGAGUUUCAACUCGAAAUCAGCAACCUCUAG